GAAACUUGAAAACCAAAUGCAUGGUUCGGACACAGUCCCUCUCGAAGAAAAACCAAUGUCUCUCUUUCCUAAACUUGUGUUGUUCCAUCAAGCAACUCCAUCAAAUCCAAGCACAAAUCCACGUUUGUGGUCUUUACCGAGACACGUACUUGAUCUCAGAACUCGUUUACGUUUGCUCCCUCUCUCCCUUCAAGAACCUCAACCAUGCGCGAACACUCGUUCACCACUUCGCCAACCCAUCACCGAUUUCGUGGAACAUUCUCAUCAGGGGUUACGCCACAAGCGAUUCUCCCAUUGAAGCCUUCUGGGUAUUUCGUAAAAUGCGAGAACGAGGAACCAAGCCCAACAAGCUCACGUUUCCCUUCCUCCUCAAGUGCUGUGCCAUAGCUGCUGCACUUGGUGAAGGAAAACAGGUGCAUGCGGAUGCUUUGAAGUAUGGUUUCGACUCUGAUGUCUACGUUGGUAACAAUCUGAUCACCUUUUAUGGCCGUUGCAAGAAAAUUCUGGAUGCGCGAAAGGUGUUUGAUGAAAUGCCUGACAGAACACUUGUUUCUUGGAACUCGGUUAUUACUGCUUGUGUUGAGAAUCUUUGGUUACGUGAUGGAAUUGGGUAUUCUGUGAUGAUGAGGGAUUCUGGGUUUGAGCCGGAUGAGACUACCAUGGUGUUGUUGCUGUCUGCUUGUGCUGAAUUGGGUUACCUGAGUCUGGGAAGUUGGGUUCAUUCCCAAUUGAUCUUGAGAGGGAUGGUUCUGAGUUGUCAAUUGGGUACUGCUCUCGUUGACAUGUAUGCCAAGUCUGGAUCUGUGGGUUAUGCUAGGCUUGUUUUUUCGAGAAUGGAAAAGAGAAAUGUGUGGACAUGGAGUGCAAUGAUAUUGGGGUUAGCACAACAUGGGUUUGCUGAGGAAGCCCUUGCCCUAUUUGCCAUGAUGAGUAACAAUCAAAACAUAUGCCCGAAUUUUGUAACCUAUCUUGGGGUUCUAUGUGCCUGCAGCCAUGCCGGGAUGGUGGAUGAGGGUUACCGAUAUUUUCAUGAUAUGGAAUGUGUCCACGGUAUCAAACCCAUGAUGAUACAUUAUGGAGCCAUGGUUGAUAUCUUAGGCCGUGCUGGCCUUCUUAGAGAAGCUUAUGACUUUAUACAGAGCAUGCCUAUUGUACCUGACCCAAUUGUUUGGAGGACGUUGCUUAGUGCAUGCAGUGUUCAUGAUGUUCAUGACCAUACUGGGAUAGGGGAUAAAGUAAGGAAGAGGUUGCUUCGGAUGGAGCCAAGGAGGGGAGGGAAUUUAGUUAUUGUUGCUAACAUGUAUGCUGAAGUAGGGAUGUGGGAGAAAGCGGCAAAUAUGAGGAGGGUCAUGAAAGAUGGAGGGACGAAGAAGAUGGCUGGAGAAAGUUGUGUUGAUUUAGGUGGAUCCAUUUAUAGGUUCUUCGCUGGGUAUGAUUCUCACCCAGAUUUGAUGCCUGUCUAUCAUUUGCUAGAUGGAUUGAACCUGCACUUGAAGAUGAUUUACUAAUUGUUGCAGAAGUUGCUCUGGAUGAAUUAUACUUGGUGCUGAAUUUGAGACAAGAAUAGGAUGAAUGAAAGUUCUUCUGACAUUUUGUACAGUUGGUCCUUUUGUUAGUCAACA